AUUCUUGACACAGUCCAUUCUGAAACUAUUUCCUGUUUGUUUAUUAACAAAUCAAGCUGUUGCAUAGUUAAUUUUAAUAACCCCCGCCGGAUCUGUGAAACACUUCGAUUUGACUUUAUACCUGGAAAAAGGAAAUAUAUUACACAUGAAAUCAGAUUACAGAAUAGCUUAACCAAGGAAAAGAAUAAAUGAAGAGAUUAUAGAAUGUACUGAACACAGAGAACAACUGGCGACUAUGGUAUGGAUUUAGUCCAAGCUUUAUUGGUCUCGACAGCACUAUUGUCCUCGUGGGUCAUUCACUCACAAGACUUGACCAUUUUAUGUCAAAACAACACAAUAGUUUCAGCAUUUAACAUUAGCGCCAAGGACUACACCAUGCUGGAGGGGUGUUUUAGUGCGGACACGAACUAUACCUGUAAUAGUACUUUAUCAGGAAACCACUACAUUACGAGACUAUCAGAGUUAGCUAACAGCACCACUAUAGAUGCGGACUACGUGUGUGCCCUCCAUCUAAGCCCUGGCUUAGUGUGCCAUAACAACAUGACCUUACCCCAGCAUUGUGUCUCCAGCGUCACGUCGGCACAUCAGAGUCACGCCAUGUGUGACACACACAACGUGACAUUUAUCCUUCUGUCUUCGUAUGAGGCAGUUGAGCUCCAGCUGUCCGGCAUCUCUCAAAACAUCACCUGCCCUCCCAAAAAGAGCACAGCUGUGCCAACAUAUACUACGCCUGCUUCUCUGAUCACCACAGCUUUAGUUACAGUAGCUGUGACUACACCACUGUCUGCUACCUCUUCCAGCAACGAUGAUAACAAAACAGACAUUAUUGUUGGCGUAGUAAUUCCAUUAGUCGUAAUAGCGGUAGUUAUCAUCAUUUUGAUAUUUGUCCAUAGAAAAUAUAACUUGACUAGAAUUUUACUCGAGUGCAGGGAACACAAACUUAAGAGAAGUAUUACCAAAAAAGUAGAUACUUCCCAAACGACUUUGGCCGAAUUACCAGCGUACAGCUCCCUGGAACUCGGCGUUUUUGACGGGAACCAUCCGAACUACACCAGCUUGUCCCCAACUCAGGUUAACGAUGGCGACACCUAUGAAAAUUCGAAUAAAGAACAGGAAACUCGCCAAGUCUCUCAGAGCUAUGACAAUGUUAGCAGCCGAGACGUCGUCAUAGAGUCCAAUAAUAUCGGAGUGUAUAUAAAUAAUGAUACACAGCCAAAGGCAGAUGCCCAAGACACUAAUGAGGCAUAUGAUUUUGUAACAAAGCCAAUUGUGGAAGAACCGCAGCCCGAAGACCGGACGAGUUGUUUGUAUUCUAAUGAGCUGAAGGAUCACAUUUACAAAAACGAUUGACGUGGACACAACAUAUAGAUAAUUAUAAUUAGGCCUUAGAUAUUAAAGACUCAGGGAAGUUCUUGCCUGUCCCACGAAGGCACCAAACUUCCAGCUUAUACAACGUCAAACAUUUGCGAUCAAACUCACGUUGAUGUAACUACAGCCGGCACUGGAUUUUCUAGACGCCAUUUUAAAUACGAUUAUAGAUGUUUUUAGGAUAAUAAAUUUCAUAAUUUUUUGCAUAGGUUCAGUUUCAUCAUAUUCUUAUGUACAUCUACAGCACCUAAAUUAAAAAGUAAAAAUAAAGUUCCCCUUUUACACCUUGCGAUCUAUAGGGCAGAUGAUGUUAAGGCCAUCUGCUUAUUUGGUGGCCAACGGUUGAUGAGGGUGUCAUGUGGCCGGCACAACGACCAACCGACUUUACUUUCAUCAACUAAAGUCAGGUUCCCAUUAGAGCUGGGUGAACUCAGGGGCGUCCUGAAAAUCCCGAAAUUCCAAAUCCCAGUCUUCACCCAGAUUCGAAUCCAGGAUCACAGGUUCGGAGCCAAGCCCUUAACCGCUCUGCCACCGCGCACCAUCACCCAAAUUAAUUCUUCUUUUAAUGAUUCUUAGUUGAAUGUUAAAUUUCAGUAAGUUUGUUUUAUACUUUUUAGUUCAUUAAAAUUUCUUUUCCCAUUGACUGUUGAAAUAUUCAGAGCAGUAUUUACUUUUAGACAACCUACACAAUAGGUAAUGCCCCCCCCCCACACUUAUUUGGGACCCCCCCCCCCCCAUAUGUUUCUAGGAAUAUUUUCAAUAAUUUAAAAAAAAAAGAACAAAUGAAAAAUUGCCUUCUUUUGAUUAGAAGUAGCCCCAUAUCUUAAAAAGCUUAGAGCUUUAGCUAGUCUCAAUCCAGCCCUGGAAUACUAACAGUAUCAGGAGUCUUAAGUCCAACAAUAAAGGUAUGUACCGAUGCAUUAAAGGAGUACUUGAGCCCGCCCAAAGCAAGAAGGCGUCUGUCAAGUCGGCCACUGGUUAAAUCUCGGACAGCUGCAAACAGAUGAGCAGGUUGGUUGAACGCGGAACGAGACGUUUUGGCUAUGUUUUUUUUACGAUACGGUCGUUUUGGUGACGCUUUUUUUUUUUGGGGGGGGAGGGAGGUUUCGGUGCCAGGAUGUCGAUGUUUUCUAAUUAGAACACACACAAUAUUUUGAAAUAGUCAUUUUUAUAUAGGAAUACAUGAGACAUGAGUAUUUAAGAAUAACAAAAAAUAGUUUUCACGUUGUAUAUAAAAAAAAGUUUUAAAUAUUAAAUGAAUAGUGUCAACUGUAAGUGAGGUUUGUGCCCGUAAACAAUAAGCAUGGACAAUGAAGGAAGCUAUUCCCUUCUCUUUGGGUGGCAUGGGCAUUUUCAGGUAGAGAACAACAGUACUCUCGCCUGUACUUCCAGGUCAGCAAGUUGGUAGCACAUUUCAUCUCAUGUCAGGUCCCAGCCUGACUUCACCUACACCCCCCUUAUCUUUUAUAUUGACAAGUUUUAAGGGGAGACCAACUGUCUUGAAAAUGGAAACAGAAGUACGCUUUGAUUUAUUCCAUGUACUUGUGGCAACUUUACUUUAUUAAGAAUUUGUUUAUAAUAUACAUUUACUUUUUAAAUUGUAUAUAGGACUAUACUAGACUAUUACGUGUUAAUCUGUAGAAUGUAUUGAUGGAUAUUUGAUGCAAUAUAUCAAAGCAUACCUAUUUUUUACAGUAAUGAAUUGACUUUUAAUAUAUCUUACUCUACCAUCCGUUCUGUCUACAACAUCCGAAAUUAUUCUAUUUUUACCUCUUUAAAACUGUAAAUACUAUAUGCUAUUUAAUAAAACCCAAAUAUCUAUAUUUUAUCAAAUAAUAAAUUUAAUAAUGAUAUCGAA